AUGGGAAUCUUCUCGAACUCUCCGUUCGCCAAAUAUGUUCAUGCCAUCAAGCAGUCUCCCCGUGGGAUCUACAACCACCAACUCAUUCUGACGGUGGUCAUGUAUGCUCUCGGUGGUAUGCCUAAAGGAUGGGACGAAGGUACUACAGCUUCAGUCACCCAGCUCAAGAGUUUUCAACGAGAGUUCGGCAUCACACCGAAAGGCAAUCCAGGCCAGAUAUCCAACAUCGUUUCCUUUGUCAACCUCACAGCCGGUAUUGGAGCGCUCUUGUCAUUCUUCCUGAACGACAAGCUGGGUCGGAUCUGGUCAUACCGGCUAUACAUGGCGAUCUACGCAGCAGGCAACCUCAUUGAGACCUUCUCGUACGGCAGUCUUCCAGCACUUUAUGUCGGUCGACUGGUCGCUGGGGCGGGCAUUGGCGCCCUCACAGUGGUCGGACCAAUGGCCAUCGUCGAGAUCGCACCAGCCAUGACGCGUGGAUUGAUGACACUCUGGUUCAACGUCUGCAUGCUCUCGUCACAAAUGGUUGGAAUCUUUGUGGUCUUUGGGUGCAACUCCCACAUCCCAGCUUCGAAGAACCUUCAAUACCAAAUACCGUUCUUCGUGCAAUGCUUUGUACCUGCGAUUGGCGUCAUCAUGUCUUUCUUCCUCCAUGAGUCACCGAGAUGGCUCUGCCUGAGAGGUCGCAAUGAGGAGGCUCUCAAGACUCUGACUACCCUGCGUGGCAUGAGAAGCGACGACCCUUUCUUGCUGAAUGAAUGGGAGAUGAUGGCGACGCAGCUAGCGCGAGAGCAGUCUGAGUUCGGUGACACUGGCUACGGCUCGAUCAUCCGCGAGACCUUUCGCGUUCGAUCCAAUCUCCGCCGCAUCCAGCUCACUGUCGUCGCAUACAUCCUCGCGCAAUUCUCAGGGGCAAAUUCGGUCACGAACUAUCUCCCCGAAAUCUUCGGAAUCAUCGGCGUCGAAUCCACGGAUGUUAAGGUGUAUGCAUCAGGCUUGUACGCGUUGGCAAAGCUUAUCUGCUGCAUUGCAGCGUCGUUAUUCUUCGUAGAUGCGCUCGGUCGAAGGAAGUCUCUCUUCACAGGUGUCACGGUACAAGCAAUUUGCCACAGUUACCUUGCUGGUUAUCUAUUCUGGUUCAUGCGCAACGAGGACGGCAUGCCGAAGGGUGCUUCAGAUAUGGCCAUUGGUGUGAUCUACAUUCACGCUUUUGGCUGGGCAGUCGGUCUAUACACUUUGCCAUACCUCUUCGGCGCUGAACUCUGGCCGAACCGGAUUAGAUCCUUUGGUGGUGCACUCUCCCAAGGUUUUCAUUGGCUGUUCUAUUUCGCGAUCACAAAAGCCACGCCUUCUCUUCUCAACACGAUGAAUCAGUGGGGAGCAUUUGUAUUCUUUGUAGGAUGGUGCAUUAUUGCUCUGGUUUAUGCAUACAUCAUGGUACCCGAAACAGCCGGUCGAGCCCUGGAGAACAUGGACGCGCUAUUUGAAAACCCAUGGUACAUGAUGAGGAAGGUCGCUGUUGCUGCGCCCAGCAACAAGCUUGAUGAAGAGUUUGGAAACACGACUGUAGCAGACUCCAAGAGCAUGGUUUCGCAGAUCGAGCGCGUGCGAUGAUGCAAGCAUGCCAGAGUCGAGGAGGCGUUGAGGUUCAAGGAUGCAGGCAAAACUGGAAUAUGGUUU